GAAAGAGAAAAUGUCUGAUGAGUGUCAUCUGUGUCUGCUGGGACUGAUCGCUCUCUCUUCACUUCUCACAGGUUCCAGUGGAGUGGAUGAUGCUCAUGUGUUCAUCAGUUCUGGUGAAAAUGUCCGUCUGUCCUGUAAUGAUGCUCUUCCUGGCUGCAACUCAACUACAUGGAUCUAUAAUAACAGAUUCAGACAUUCAGAAACAGUUGAACUGAUCACUUUAGGGAUAAAGAAUAAAGACACAGGGACACAUGAGAGACUGCGUCUGGGGUCUGGCUGCUCUCUGAACAUCAGGAACAUCUCAAAAGAAGAUUAUGGAUCUUACAUCUGCCAACAAUGGACUGGUGUGAAUAGAGACCAACAACAAGAACCUGAUGCUCGUGUUUAUCUGCAUGUCCUUCAUGUCUCAUCCUCACAGACUGAGAUCAGUGCAGGCCGCUCUGUGACUCUCUUCUGUCAGCUGUAUUCAUCUGCUGGAGUCUCUUGUGAUGAUUGGAUCCGUUCUGAGGGAAUUGAGCUGUUCUGGGUGAAUCAGGCUGGUGUUAAACUGACGAGAUCAGACUCCAGACUCCAGAUAUCAGCUCCAGGACACUGUAUCAGCUCUCUGAAUACAACACUCCUGAAUGAAGAUCACAACAGAGAGUGGAGAUGCAAUGUUACUCAGAGAGAUCAAGUCAAGACCUCAGUCACUUAUACUGUCAAGAGUUCAGCUCCAGCUAAUACAACGACAGCAGUCACAAACUCUCAGCAUCCCUCAAACAAUCACGAGACUAAAGUGACAGUGAUUUCUGCUGCUGCUGCUGGAUUUGCUGUUUUCCUGGCUGCUGUUCUCUGGCUCAUCUGCAGAAAAAGAGCCGACUAA